GUGGUUGGGCUCGCCAAACACAUCCCACAAGAUGAUCAACGAUGAAGUGAUGUUCGGACUUCGGACAUCACAGGGGCAAUUCAGUAAUUCCUGAUAAUCUCUAUGAAGAUAAACUAUCUAAUCCAAAACUCUGGAAACAGAUGCAGUGAAACAAAAGCAUCCGCAAAACACAGAAAUGGAAACCACCACUACUACCUUCUGUUCAUACCAGUUCUCACGUUCUCCAAAUAACCUCUCAAAACCCCCAUUUCAAGUUCCAAUUCCAAAGCCACCCCACAAAACUAAUCAGAAUCGCCAAUUCCGAUUCUCACCCAUCUCAGCCACAUUCAACUCCCCCAAAGGAUUCGGCCCUCCUCCCCCCAAGAAAAUCACCAAAAAGACCCUCAUCCCAAAGAAAGACGAAGACGAGGAAGAAGAAGAAGAGAUAGAGAGAGAAGCAGGUGUGAUUCCAGAGAUAGUAACCAACAGAAUGAUGGGUAGAAUUGGGCUUUCCGUUGGAAUCCCAUUGUUUAUAGGCCUAUUGUUCUUUCCAUUCUUUUACUAUCUAAAAGUAGGGUUGAAGAUCGAUGUGCCCACUUGGAUACCCUUCAUUGUGUCAUUUGUGUUCUUUGGGACAGCCCUAGCGGGUGUUAGUUAUGGGAUUGUGUCCACCAGUUGGGACCCUAUGAGGGAAGGCUCUUUAUUGGGUUGGAAUGAAGCUCAAAAGAAUUGGCCUGUUUUCUGGCAAUCUCUUUGGGGUUCACCUGGUUCUAAAAACAAGUUCUGAUUUCUCAAUCUUUUUUGUAUGAUAUUGCUAGCUAUUUCCUAAUAAUAAAGAUAAACAACAUUUUGUAUA